UCCCUGGCAAUUGGAACCACAACUGGAUACAGGCUUUUCUCCUUAAGUUCUGUGGAGCAACUGGACCAGGUCCAUGAAAGCAAUGAAAUCCCAGAUGUUUACAUCGUGGAGCGUCUGUUCUCCAGCAGCCUUGUGGUUGUGGUCAGUCAUGCCAAGCCACAGCAAAUGAAUGUCUACCACUUCAAGAAAGGGACAGAGAUCUGCAACUACAGCUAUUCCAGUAACAUACUGUCCAUCCGGCUGAAUCGUCAGAGGCUGGUUGUUUGCCUGGAGGAGUCAAUUUACAUCCAUAACAUUAAGGACAUGAAGCUUUUGAAGACUAUUCUGGAUACACCUCCAAAUACAACAGGUCUGUGUGCUCUCUCCAUCAACCACGCCAACUCCUACUUGGCUUAUCCCGGCAGCGCGACCAGCGGGGAGAUCGCGCUUUACGACGGAAAUACUUUGAAAACAGCCUGCUCCAUCCCUGCCCACGACGGGCCUCUGGCUGCUCUCGCCUUCAACUCCACCGGCUCGAAGUUGGCAAGUGCUUCUGAAAAAGGCACAGUCAUUCGUGUAUUUUCCAUUCCUGGUGGGCAAAAGCUCUAUGAAUUCCGGCGAGGGAUGAAAAGGUAUGUGAACAUCAGCUCCCUUGUGUUCAGCAUGGAUUCCCAGUUCCUCUGUGCUUCCAGCAACACGGAGACGGUGCACAUCUUUAAACUGGAGCAUCUGACUGACAGCCGGCCAGAAGAGCCUCCAACCUGGAGUGGUUACAUGGGGAAGAUGUUCCAGGCUGCUACCAACUACCUCCCUGCUCAGGUGUCGGGCAUGAUGAGCCAGGAUCGGGCCUUUGCCACCGUCCGCCUGAACAUCUCCGGCCAAAGGAACAUCUGUGCCCUUUCCACGAUUCAGAAGCUGCCUCGACUGUUGGUGACUACGUCAGAUGGACAUCUCUAUAUCUACAACUUGGACCCGCAAGAUGGAGGGGAGUGUGUCUUAAUUAAGAAACACAGUCUGCUUGGCUCAGGAAAGACGGAGGAGAACAAAGAAAAUGACCUUCGGCCUCCAUUACCUCAAUCUUACGCAGCAACGGUAGCCAGACAAAGUACAGUGCCUUCAACUUCCACCAUGCCAGGUUAUUCGGAGGACGGCGGUGCCCUGCGAGGAGAGGUUAUCCCAGAGCAUGAGUUUGCAACUGGACCAGUGUGUCUUGAUGACGAGAAUGAGUUUCCUCCUGUGAGCAUUCGGGACCCCUAAAACUGCCAUUCGGCCCUCAGGCUAAGAAGAAAUGUGCAACAAAAAGACAUUUAAAAACCUCAAAACUUGUGACAAAAUGGAAUAUUCACCCGCAGCCCACGCCACGAGUGCGGCUUUGAACUUAGACAUACUUCUGGAGAAGCAGCAGCGCUCAGACCCAGCCGUUCCUCUCCAUUUUGAAACAUCUUGCCUUCCCCUGACCUCGAGCAAGACUUCAGAGGCUCAGCUGUUCAGAGCGAGGAGAAACAGCUCCAGUCUAACGUAAAGUCUGUGGCUGAUUGUGGAAAACUGCCUCUUCAUUAAGCAGAAGGAGGGACAGAUCAGAGGAGAGAAGCUCAAGAAGGGCUCAUAAAAAGCGGCCUCGGUGAGAGCGAUUGUGGAUGUUGCUGCUGAUGGUGCCAGGGCUGCUGAAGGACCCUGCGGCAGGAGGUUAAACAAGUUAAAUUCUGUCUCUUGGUUGUGUUGAUGGGGGGGAUGAAGCACUUUCAGAGCUGCUGAUGCUCUUACGCAGGAAGCUCUCAGGUGUUACCAAUCUGGACAGCAGGAGAAGGCCUGGGGUGAGGAGAAGGUGUGGAGCUGGAGAGGAGGCUGCUGGUGGGUGCUUUGUGGGAUGGGAAGAGCAAACCCAUCUCUGGCUGUGGAUGGUUGUGGUCACAGCUCUGUGCCGCUCACCUGCCCCGCGGCUGCCGCCCUCCUCCGGGUGUCUGGUGCCGGUGAGGUUUCCAGCGGUGCUGGGAGCCGUUGUGGGGCUGUGCUUCAGGCCAGGCUCCACUCUGGGGAGCUGCUCUGGUGGCUCUCCCCACCAGGGCAUGGUCAGAGCAGUUUUUGGGCAGGGCUGUGAGGUUUGACAAAAGAAAUCCCAUGGGAUCCAGCAAGCAAGAUGGCCCGUGUGGACCUGGGGAACGCAACCAGCGGAUCUUGUUAAAACUUCUGGGAUUCAGAUGAUUUCUUCCAGCAGAUUGCUCGGUGCUUUUCCAGGCGAACAUGAUCCGUCCUGCAUUUGGCUGGAGGCUGGAGGUUGUCGGCUUUGGGACCAGGCUUUGUCAGGAGAGCCAUUGAGCCAUUUCAUUAAGCCAGGCUGGAUCGCAGACAGCGGCCAGCUCUUCAAAGACAGCUUCCCAUCACCAAUACACAGUCUUUAGAAACAUCUCUUUCAUGUCAAUAUCAAUUUUUGACUAACUCUGAAGCUGUUGGGCAGCCUGCCUGUGCUGCUGAAGGAUGCUGCUGCCCGUGUGUGCCCGUGGCUCCUGCCUCUCCCUGGGAGGACGGGCAGGAGCACCACGGCCACCACAGCACGAUGUCCCCACCCUGGCAGGGUGCAGAGAUCCGUGCCCCAGCCCAGGGUCCACACGUGUGCCCACUGCUCCAAACCAUGGAUCUCAGUCCAAGCCACCAGGCUGCAGGUGCACCUCCACGGGACCAGUAUUUGCCCAGGUUCCUCCUUGCUGUUUGCUGCCUGGUGCCUCGCUCCUUCUGUUGUGUGAAUAUGUGGCACUAUGGAUUUUAAGUGAUUUAUUUUUUUUAGUAGCUGGCUGUUAGCGAAGGAAAUGCCGUCGAUUUUGCAGUGGAGCUCUACUGGUAAUCGUGUUUCAUGGGGGAUGAGCAAGUUUGGCAGAACCUGACCGGUUUCUUCCUCAUGGCAGCUCAGACGGGCGUUUUGAGCAGCUGGGCCUUUCAGGAUUAAGCCCCAUUUAUCAGCACGUUAUCUGAGGUCCCUUGGGAAACGUGGAACCCAGUGCCAACGCUGGAGCCUCAAAACCGAGCGGAGGAUGGUCCUGGAGCCCAUGGAGAGACAGAUCCCGGGAAGAGGAGCCGGCACAGAUCCUCCUGCAGCCUCCUGGACUGGGAGAUGUGGGUCCCACCUGGCGAGGCCGGAGCUGGGGAAGGGGAGUCGUGUCCCUUGGCUCGUGGUUGGUGUCCGCAGAGGCCCCGGGUGAAGAAGGAGGUGCUCCUCUUACCCCAGGGUCUCCAGCCUCCUCCCGCGGCAGAGGGGCUGAUGUGAGGUGGUUGAGGGUCCUGCUGCUGCCGGUUCCUCUCUGCCCUGCUUUCCUCUGUCACCCCCAGGCUUUGCUGAGGUUCAGGCUGCUCCCCCUCUCCUGACCCCGUCCGUCGUGUAGGUGUUGAGCUCUGGAGCCCCCGGGGAGACACGACACACACCUUUCCCCUCCCGCCAUGACUUUUUGGGAGGACUUAGCGAGAGAAACGGACCUCAGUCACCCCCCAGCUUGAGGCCAGACACCCUUAUCACCCGGCCAGAUGGUUCCUGUUCCCAGGACUGUAAAUUUGGGGAGGGGGAAAGUAAAUAAAUAAAGUGCUCGCAAAUCUGCCUUUGAAUGGAAAGUAAAACACUGCGGGACAUCCCUGCCCCCUUCUCCUCCCGUCUGCCUAAAAACCAACUCGAAACACACCCUGUUGCUGGGAAAAGUAAGGCCCUUCUGUUUUGAUUUUGGUAGAUAAUCUUGUGCCGUGGAGGUCAGCCGGGCAGAGCCAAGAGGUCCUGAUGAGAAGCAAACACCCGUGCUCAGGACAGCUGCUGGGAAGCGCCUUGGAAAAGCCGGGAAUUUCGAAGAACAAGAUUUGUGAGUCCCCAAGACGA